AUGGCGGCUAAGUUUGGAGAAUCAUUUGGCCCAAGAUAUAACAGGCCAAUGUUUGUUCAAGCCCGUAUUGAAGGGAAAUUUAGUGAAAAUUACAUAAUGGGAUUUUUUCGUGAAUUGAAGUUCAUGAUUCGAUUGCGCUUCCCGAAUUUUGUUUUCCUGACUGAACUAAAAGUUAAAGCUACUUCUUUGACUUGCAAUUCGGAUCACCGUCCUCUGUGCCUGUUUUCCGGCAGUUUGGAAGAAAAAUUCAAAAGGUGCUUUAAGUUUGAGGAAGGCUGGACUAGGGAUGAAAGGAGCAAAUUGGUAGUUGAUUCUGCCUGGAAAUCUGUAAGUUAUCCUUGGGCUCUGGCCAGGGUCUUUAAGAAAAUUGGGGCUGCUCGAGUCGCUCUUAUGCAUUGGAAUAGAGCCCAAUUCGGUAAAAUCAAAACUUUAAUCAAAGAUCUGGAAAGGAGGCUCAACCUCAUUCGGAGUUUGUCGACGGGAUCUAGAGAGUGGACUACUGAAAGUGGUAUCUGCCACUCUCUUAAUGAGGCCCGGAUGAGAAAAGAGUUGUAUUGGAAGCAAAGAGCCAGGGUCUCUUGGCUGAAGGAAGGUGAUAAAUGUUCUAAGUUCUUUUUUCUUUCGGAGACUAUUAGAGGAAGAAGGAAUGUCAUUGAGAGCAUCCUGAAUAAAGGCAAUAUGUGGAUCACCAAAAGAGAGUUAAUUGACAAUGAAUUUAUGGAAUUCUUUAAAGGAAUUUUUAUAGGGACGAACAUUGGUCACGACCUUAAUUGCAACUACUUAAUCCAGGAUAAAAUCUCUUAG